AUGUCGUUGCGUGCGAUACUGUCGAUAGCCGCGCUGCUGACGCUGCUCGUCGCCGCGGUCGACUCGUUGCCCAAAAAGUACCGCAAACCCAAGCUGCCGGCCGGCGCGGACGCGACGAUCGUCGAUACCGAUUUCGAUUACUACGUGCUGGCGCAGGUCGUGCCACAGGUGCAAUGCUACAAGGUGAACAAUCUGUGGAAGGCCGAGAACAGCAGCUGCAGCCCGUGCGCCAGCAGCUGGGCGCGGAACGACCUGGACUGGACCGUGCACGGACUGUGGCCGAGCAAUCUCUACUCGGACCGCUUCCUGGGCAACUGCAAUCGCACGGCGCGCUUCGACGCGGAGCAGCUGGACGCCGGGCUGCGAGCCCAGCUUGAGUACCACUGGACCGAUCUGAAGAGGGCCGCCUACAAGGACGAUUUCUGGCGUCACGAGUGGGAGAAGCACGGCACGUGCGCCAUGCGGGUGGACGAGCUCAGCGGCAUGCGCAAUUACUUCCAGCGGACGAUCGAGCUCCUGAAGCGAUUCAACGUCGGCCAUCGUCUCGAGAAGCAGGGCGUAGUGCCCGGCAAUCAUUACGAUUUCGAUGAGUUCAACGAUGCGAUCGUCAAGGCUUACGGCGCUCAAGCGAAAAUCAAGUGCGCCAAAAGUCCCACAACGGGAAAACAAUACGUCAACGAAGUGCACUUGUGCUUGGACAAAUCGUUCAAAAUGAUCAACUGCACAGGUGUACUCGCGGGCUCGUGCAGCAAAAAAAAGAAAUUGACUUACGCCAAGAACGCGAAUCAAUGCACCAAAAACACAGUCAUAAACGAAUGAAAAGAAUCUCAUUUGUAAAGUCUUUAUUUCACGCGGUUAUAAAAUUUUCAUCGAAACUUGAAAAGUAUUU